UCUACACUUUUACUCGAACGCACUUGUUUAUCCGUAACUGAGUGAAAGCCAAGCACUUACAAAUAAUUUCCUUUAAAAUAAUUGCAUCUUAAACAAUCUUCAUCCACACAAAUUUCGAUCCUGCUUAACUGUUUCAUAUUCUACUACAACAUUAAAAAACAUGGCUAACACUGCCCAAUUGAGGAAACUGAUUGCAGAAAUUCUGGAAACUGCUGAUCUCAACUCCAUCACUGCAAAGAAAGUACGACAAGAAUUGGAAACCAAACUUGACGAAGAUUUAUCUGAAAAGAAAAAAGAAAUUGACAACUUGGUCUUGGAAAUUUUGGAAGAUAAGCAAAACGGCGCAGGAGACGACAAGGGGUCAAAGCGUAAAACAAAAGAUGAAUCUGAAUCUGAGGAGGAAGAUACUCCCAAGAAAAAGAGGGGGAAGAAGGCAUCUGAUGAUGAUGAUGAUUCUGAGGAAGAACCCAAGAAGAAGAAGAAGCCUGCUGCAAAGGGGAAGGGAGGAUACGUUAAGAAGUGUAGAUUGAGUCCCGAGUUGGCUAAGGUCAUGGGGGAAGAGAACAUGGCUCGUCACGAAGUGGUCAAGAAAAUGUGGGGCAUCAUUAAGGAGAAGCAGUUGUAUGAUCCAAAAAACAAACAGUUUGCUAUUUGCAAUGCGGAUCUGCUUGCCGUUUUUGGAGUGAAACGGUUCAGAACUUUUGGGAUGAUGAAGUACUUGAAGACCCAUUUCUUGGACUGAAUUGAAAUUCAAGUAAUUGAUCCAAGUCAAAGAACUGACUCAAAGUUUUUUCUAACAGUCUCAUCUAAUGUUUUACUAGUUGACGAUUGAUGGUUAUUUUCGUUUAUAGUGUACGAAGGUACCUUAUCUAUACUAAAUCCUGCUAUACUGUGUGUUUAAUUUGUUGGUAUCGUGGUUAAGUUUCUUGUUUUUUGUCUUUUACUAUAUAUAUAAUAAAUUUUUCUUAGGUUUAAUUAAACGACACAAAGUGUCUAAACUCAAUUUUAUAUAUUAAAUAUCCCAUAAUAGAUAGAUAACCUUGUAUUAGGGCCCCGUUUAUUAUUAUCACAAGACUUGAAAUUAAUUGAAGUUUUUGUGUUGGUAGCUUAUUGCAAUAAAUUAUGCCACAGUCGAUUAAAUUAAAAA